CACUUAAAUUUACUGCGAGGUGUCAAUAUGGAAGCGGCCAUGAAGUCGGUUCGCGCUCCAAAUAAAAAUAUUCGAAUCACAAAAUGGAAAGUAAAACCAGGACAGAGAGUCAACCAAGGAGCAAUACUGUGCAUUUAUGAAACUGAUGAUGCAAAAGGUCUGAAGAUAAAAGCCAAUGAAGUUGGCACUAUCUGUGAAAUUAUGGGUCAGGAAGGUGACAGAAAACCGCCAGGGUCAGUUCUAGUGACGAUUGAACCAUGCAGACAUCCUACAGUAAUGAAAGAUAUGUGUGCAGAAUGUGGAGCUGACCUCAGAGAAGAGGCGGGGAUGGCAGGAGAAAGAAAGGAACCAGUAACAGCCACAGUUGCCAUGGUUCACAGUAUACCAGAGCUGAUCAUCAGUGAAGAGCAAGCAAAAGAAAUUGGUAGAGAAGAUGAAAACAGAUUGUUAAAAACAAAGAAACUGGUUCUUUUGGUCGACCUUGAUCAAACCUUGAUACACACAACUAAUGAUAACAUUCCAGCAAAUCUUAAGGGAGUAUUCCAUUAUCAAUUACGGCAUGGUUAUGGAAAGAUGUGGUAUCAUACGAGAAUAAGGCCUGGCACUCAACACUUUUUGGAAACGGUAUCUAAGAUGUAUGAGUUACACAUAUGUACUUUUGGUGUCAGAAUGUAUGCACACACCAUAGCCAGGUAUCUGGACCCAGAAGAAAAGUACUUCUCUCACAGAAUACUAUCCAGAGAUGAAUGCUUUAAUCCUAAUUCUAAAACUGCUAAUUUAAAAGCUUUGUUUCCAUGUGGAGAUAAGAUGGUUGCUAUAAUAGAUGAUAGAGAAGAUGUUUGGAAUUUUGCUCCAAAUUUAAUCCAUGUCAAACCAUACAGAUUCUUUCAAGGAACAGCAGAUAUUAAUGCACCACCUGGACUGACAAAAACUGAACAUGACCAGGAACCAGUUCAUCAUAGGGUCAGAAGAGUUUCAAGGUCAAAGUCCAUGGAAAAAGAAGAUGAGAUUGAGAUUGAUGAUUCAGUGAAAAAGGGAGAUAAUUUACAAACAAAAAAUGAUGAAGAAAUUGAAAAGUCAUGUGUUAAAGAGGAUAAUAAGGUCGUUGAUAGUGCAAAUAAAGAUAAAAAUAAAACCAUUCCAUCUGAAACAUCAGAAACUAAUCAAAAAGAUGUAAAUAAGAAAUCAGGAAGUUACAAUGAAAACAACAAUAAAAAUCUCGAAAACAAAAAAGAAAAAACUGAAAUUGACAAUUCUGAACCUAAGAUCAGUGAUGAUAUAAAACAAACAGAAAACAAGGAAAAGUGUGAAGAAGGAGAAUCUCUGUCUGUUGUUAAAGAAAUUGAAACAAAUCCUAAAGUUCAAGAUUUGGAGGCACAAAAUUCAGACAUGGAAAUAGACAAUAAAAAAUCUGACAUUGAAAAUCCGAAAAAAACACAAAUGGAUGAUAAAAAUUCUUCAGUGAAAUCAAUGGAUACAGAUAAAUCGGAAAGUGCUAAUCCAGAUGAUUCAAAAACUAACAAUGAAAGUGUGGACAAUUUAAAAGAAGAAGAUGUUGAAAUUGAAUGGGACGAUGAGGAUGACUAUUUGUUAUAUCUCGAGGAAAUCCUGACCAGAAUUCACAAAACAUUCUUUGAAUUUAAUGAUCAAUUAAAGUCAAAGAAAAACACAGAAGAAGUACCUGAUCUCAAAAACAUUAUAAGUUACAUCAAAAUAAAAGUUCUGAAUGGAGUUAAUAUUGUGUUCAGUGGUGUUUUCCCAACAAAUAUGCCUCCUGAAAAAAGCAGAGCUUAUUUAGUAGCCAAAGCAUUAGGAGCAAACAUUCAUACAAAUAUCAUUCCAAACGAUGGAGUUGAGAAAGGUAUGGCAACUACUCAUCUCGUGGCAGCAAAACUUGGAACAAACAAAGUCAGAAUGGCUCUCAAAUGUAAAACUGUGAAAAUAGUCAAUGCAAAUUGGUUGUGGAGUUGUGCUGAACGGUACGAACAUGUGGAUGAAAGACUUUUCCCAUUAGAUAAAGAAACAUCUAAGGAAUCAAGAGAUAGUCCUGAUGUGUCAUAUGAAAAAAGUAGAAAGAGGAAAUCCGACCCAGAUGACGUUUCUGAUAAAUCAAAUUUAGAGAAACGUCUAAAAACUGGUGAAAGUCAAGAGUCAGCUGAAGCUUCAACAUCUCAACAGAAGAGUAAGGAUACAGAAAUGACUGAAAAUCAAAACCCUAUGUUUUCAAAAACUUAUAAUCCAUUGUUGGCAUUUUCAGAUGAUGAUCUUGCAUGUAUGGAUAAAGAAGUUGAGGAAAUUAUGGAUGACGAUCCUGACAAUAACUCGUCUGAAGAUGACGAUGAGAGAGAUUCUAGAAUGAGGCUACAUGUACUUAGUAGUGGAGAAAAUGAUUCUUCGUCUCAAGAUAGUCUCUCUGCUGAUUUACCUAGAGGAUGGAAAAAGAAAGAUAGAUCUGGAUCAAGUGACAGUCCUGUUGUCUCUGAAAAGGAUGAACCCCAUGACAUUGAAAGUGAGAAUGACCUUGAACAUUUUGAGAAGACAGUAGAUGCAUUUGCACCUGAUACUGACUCAGAUGAUAAUGCAUCCAUAGGUUCUAUGGAUGAUGAAAUGGCAGCUGCAAUUGAAAAAGAAUUCCUAGAAUUAUGACAAUGUACAUAAAAUGUCAGAAAUUAAUAUCAUGUCAUUAUUUCUUAAAUGAUUAAAUCUUGAUAGAUUGA